GAGAGGAGGAGGAGAGACUGACGGACUGGCACGCAUUCCUCAGCGCUCCUCAGAUUUCUUGAAAUCACGGACCUCCUGCUCGCCUCUGUCCCGACACACAUCCAGACCAGCUCCCCUCCUCCUCCGAGCCGAGCAGAGCAGCUUUUUACGAAAUGAUGUCGCGAAGUGUCGCCGUGCUCCUUCUGCUGGCCGUAGCGGUCUGUAACGCGGAGGAGCUGCAGAGCAAAAGCAAAGUGUGUGCCAAUGUGUUCUGUGGGGCCGGCAGGGAGUGUGCUGUUACCGAGAAGGGGGAGCCCAGCUGUCUGUGUAUAGAGAGCUGUAAGCCCCACAAGAGGUCAGUGUGUGGCAGCAAUGGUAAGACCUAUAGAAAUCACUGUGAGCUCCACAGGGAUGCUUGUCUGACUGGCUUGAAGAUCCAGGUGGCCCACGAUGGACACUGCCAAGAGAAGAAAAGAGAGCAGGCAGCUGCCAGCCCUGUGGUGUGCUAUGCUGCUGACCGUAAUGAGCUGAGGAGUCGUGUGAUCCAGUGGUUGCAGACUGAGGUGGUCCCAGACGGCUGGUUUGUCAAGGGAUCCAACUUCUCUGAAAUCCUGCUGAAAUACUUCAAGUCGUAUGACAAUGGUGACUCUCAGCUGGACUCCUCAGAGCUGCUCAAAUUCAUCCAGCAAAAUGACUCGGUUGUGGAGUUGCAGUCUUACGCAGACCAGGAGAGCAACAAGCUGCUCAGGAGCCUGUGUGUUGAUGCUCUCAUUGAGCUCUCUGAUGAGAACGCCGACUGGAAGUUGAGCUUUGAUGAGUUCCUCAACUGCCUGAAGCCUGGCUUCAAUCCACCAGAGAAGAAAUGUGCCUUGGAGGAUGAGACAUAUGAGGAUGGAGCAGAGACCCAGGUAGAGUGUAACCGCUGUGUUUGUGCAUGCGGCAACUGGGUCUGCACUGCAAUGACCUGCACUGACAAAACAGCAACUGUGGAUGAGUCAGCAGAUGCUGGGGCAGAGAUGACUGAGGAGGAGUGGAACCUCCGUGUGGCUGAACUCAACAAGCACCAGGAAACAGUUGAGAAGAUGAAGUCCAGCACAAAGGAGGCCUAAAUAAGGACGCAAUGAAGGAGAGGAUGCACCCCAUCGCCAUUUCUCCAUACUUGAUUUACCUUGCGGCCAUGUGUUGUUCAUGUUUCUCUACUAUGUUAAUUAUUACACAUUUUUUACAAUGUUUAAGUGUUUGUGUUGAUGUUUGUUUAAUUCAGGGGCAAUCAAAGAGUAUAAUAGGAUUGCCUUGUGUUCAGUACUGUCAUAUUUUAUUGUAUUACUGCGCCUCUACACUAGCCCUGGGGCUAUUUUUACUACAAUCCUUAUAUUUUUACAGGUAUUCUGAAAAACUGUCAAGUUGUCACUGUUUUGGAAUAUGGAAGUCAUUGUUUGAGAAGGUAGUUAGGCUGGGGGGCUUAGAGAACCCACCUCUUGAAAUAAGGGAGCUGUCUUGGUACAGAGAAAGCUGACUACUUAAAACCUUGUGCACCAUGUUUCUCCACAGCCUCAUAAGUUUUACAGUCAGCAAGUUAGUUAGAGAAGCUGGGAUAAGAGGGUAAAGCUUGUGAUUUUGAUGCCAUUUAGAACUGCCACAGUGGACCACUACUUGACCAAUACACUUCUCUUUCUUUCUCCCAGGCUUUCUUAGGCUUUAGUUUAUCACAAGCCUGAAAUAUUGUUUGCAUCUUACUGCGAAAGUAAUAAUUUUGUUGUAAGUUUGUUGCUUCUAUGUACAGUAUGUUAUUGGCUUGAGUUGAAACUCAUCUUGUUCCCAUGUUAUGCUCAGGCAAGUCUCUGGUGCUUUUCGGUUAAUCUUUUCAGCGUUGAGCAGCACAACUGCACCUAAGUGAGACCUGACCUGAAUAUAGCAUGGUGAAAACUGAAACCAAAGUCUUGAUGAAAUGUUUGAUGAUGAUUCUCCAGGUAAAACAUUACUCUGGACCCAGCAACAACACUAUACCUGUUCUUUCAAAUCACUCUUAACAGAAGGACUAGCCUCACUGUCAGCUAAAGUAGCUUAGACGCAUCACUAACUGGGUGCAUAUAAAUGUGUGUGUGUGUGUGUGUGUGAUUGCUUGUGUUAUUAAAGUGUGAUGAUGAGAGUAAUGUGGUUUGUUAAAUGUGUUUAUUUGUUAAAAUCCUGUGUGUGCAUUGGGAGAUUUGACAAUAAAAAUCGGUGCCUUAGACCUGCAAACAGUAUAGGUCUCUACCUUUGCCUGCACGUAGGCUAUAAUGCCACGUGGCAUUGCAAGAACGAGCGUGCUUUGCUGUAGUUUAGCAGUAAACUAGUGCUUUGUGAUUCCAUCCUUGAUAUGUCUGUGUGAAAUUUGCAUUACUAGGUUCAAGCUAAAUCUUUAUAUUCUAAACACUAAAAGUGCAGAGACUGUAAGGAAUACGUAUGUAUGCCAAUAAAGCCCAUACUCCACAACAAA